UCCGGUGACGCUGCGGUUCCCGGCGCGCUCGGCGCGGCGGCGGCCGUGGAAUCAAGAUGGCGGACUUGGAGGAUCGGGUGUCGGAUGAGGAGAAGGUACGUAUUGCAGCAAAAUUUAUCACACAUGCACCCCCAGGAGAAUUUAAUGAAGUGUUUAAUGAUGUGCGGUUACUGCUUAACAAUGACAAUCUUCUCAGGGAAGGGGCAGCACAUGCAUUUGCCCAGUACAACAUGGAUCAGUUCACUCCAGUGAAGAUAGAGGGGUAUGAUGAUCAGGUUUUGAUUACAGAACACGGUGAUCUGGGCAACGGUAGAUUUUUAGACCCGAGGAACAAGCUUUCCUUUAAGUUUGAUCAUUUAAGAAAGGAAGCUAGUGAUCCCAUGCCUGAGGACACAGAAGCAGCUUUAAAGUCUUGGAGAGAUGCCUGUGACAACGCACUGAGAGCAUACGUGAAAGACCAUUACCCCAAUGGCUUUUGUACUGUUUAUGGCAAAACUAUAGAUGGGCAGCAGACGGUUAUUGCCUGUAUUGAAAGCCACCAGUUUCAGCCCAAAAACUUUUGGAAUGGUCGUUGGAGGUCCGAAUGGAAGUUUACCAUCACUCCACCCACAGCUCAGGUUGCUGCAGUGCUGAAGAUUCAGGUUCACUACUACGAAGAUGGCAAUGUGCAGCUGGUUAGUCAUAAAGACAUCCAGGACUCGGUACCGAUUUUGAACGAUGUCCAAACAGCCAAGGAAUUUAUUAAAGUCAUAGAACAUGCAGAAAACGAGUACCAGACGGCGAUCAGCGAAAACUACCAGACUAUGUCAGACACCACAUUCAAAGCCUUACGUCGGCAGCUCCCGGUCACUCGCACCAAGAUCGACUGGAACAAAAUCCUUAGCUACAAGAUUGGCAAAGAAAUGCAAAACGCUUAAGGCAGAAUGGAGAAGAUGUAUGAAAUGUUAGCGUGCAAAAAACAAACGUGGUCUUAUGCCAAGUAGGCGGUUUCUAAACCAGUGCAGCAUCUUGCUAGGGCUUUCAAAGUUAACAGGUUUUCUAGCCUCACAGAGAACUGUUGAACAAAUAGCAUUGUCUUUGUGUUUUAUGUUCCCUGCCAUAUAAACUCCCUGCUGUGACUGCAUUUACUGGUAGGUCUUUUGAAUUAAGCCACAUUAAUAGUUCAGUGAUGUAGCUCUGGUCUGGAGUCAUUGUAAUUGUUCUGGUUGGAAAAUUUCCUAGCCCUGAAAGCCCUUCUAUAAACGCAGGCAGAGGGUAUUGGGAGCACUUUCUGUGCACGCUUACAUGGUGCUCCUGUCAGUUUGUCCGCUCUGCCAACAGCUCACAGCACUAUGCUGUGAGAUGCAACACAUCCUCCCACAUGCCCCGCUGCUAGCUCUGCAAAGCAGCAGGCCUCCAAGUAUAGAGUGUAGUAUUUGGAAUGAGUUUGCAAACCCCCAUGCAGCAGUCCCAAGGAGGCCAACUCUUCUGGAGAAAGCAAGUUUGGAUUUUUUAUCCAAAGACUUGAGCCACGUUCCCUUUAAAUGAACAUUUGUUGCUUCUUUCUUUUCUUGGACGUAUGGUGAACAGACAUCUGCAUUUUUACACAACGCUUCAUCCAGGUCCAAGUUGGAUCACUGGUGAUCCAUUUAGUUUGGACCAAGACUGCUAUUCCAGGUGAACAUGCAGAUGUCUAAGGAAUCCUGGGUAUGUUGUGCUUUGAUGCUUUGUGGCAGGUUCCUAGAGGGCACCCCAGGCAUAUGAAUGGCUGGCAUGUACAAUGGCUGCAUCAAAUAAAAGAUCUGCACCAAAGUGAGAGACAGCCCACACUCCCUCCUCAUCUCCUUCUGUUGUGGCCAGUUUUUGUUAUACCUACAGGGAACGCUGGGAUUCAGCUCAACUGCUUUUUAAAAACCCGUGCUAAAUUAUUCUGAUUUCUUAGAACCCGGAGUAACAGACGGCAGAGCAGCUUCCCUCAGGCGGAAUCUCUCUCGCAUUUUAGAUACACUGCUAAAUAAAAUGUUAGUUGAUUCCCUUUGCUGUGUUUACAUGUGGUUGUCACUGGGCCUCUCCCAAGGUCUGAUUUUUUUUUAAACUGGCUGGUGUCUUCCUAUUUCUAAACAUGCAGGCAGGGGGGGGCUGCUUGUGCAUUAAACAUUAGGUUCUGUUCAGUGGUAUCACAAAGUUGCGUGUCCCAUUCUUUGUGAGAAAAUUGUCAGAAUAAAGAUAUAUUUGUAUUA